GGUGGGCGGCACUGAUGGGCACAGGUGGGUGACACUGAUGGGCACAGGUGGGUGACACUGAUGGGCACAGGUGGGUGGCACUGAUGGGCACAGGUGGGUGGCACUGAUGGGCACAGGUGGGCGGCACUGAUGGGUACAGGUGGGUGGCACUGCUGGGCACAGGUGGGCGGCACUGAUGGGCACAGGUGGGUGACACUGAUGGGCACAGGUGGGUGGCACUGCUGGGCACAGGUGGGUGGCACUGAUGGGCACAGGUGGGUGGCACUGAUGGGC